AACAAAAUCAGGCGUAAAACACUAAGAAUGCACCUCACAUCUGCUUGGAGACUCAGUUGUCAGCGCCCCUGUUCCUCUUCAGUAGCGGAUGCCACCAGUGACACUCUCCGAUAUGCCCACAACUAUUUGGCAUCUUCUCGGACCGACCUGGCCUUGGCUGACAAAAACGGCACCAAGGCUCAGCUCGUGCGCUUCGCGGGCUGACACCAGGACUGCCUUCGCGGUUUGGCGCCAGGAAUAGUUCGAGGUCCGGCUCUUGUUUGGCCAACUGCGCCCGGCGCUGGCAGGGUGCUGAGGAGAGAGGAAACUGUGGAUGAAAUAUCGCCAGCAGUGCAGGGAGAAACUCGCGAGGCAGGAACACAGCGAUCCACAUGACGCCAUACCUGCCACAGUAGUGGCACUAGUGCCCAGCUAUCAGUGCUCAAAAACGUCUGUCAGUAAAAAUGCGCUCCGCUGGACGACUGUUUCGGAGCUGGGACGCGUCUUUGGUGAUAUUUCUGGCAACUUGGUUGCUCCCUUCCGCACACGUGCAGUCGAUGUCUUAUUUUGAUGAGGAGACCUUUGACAGUGAUCCUGAUCAUCUGAGAUGCCCAGAGGAUAAGAUCAUCACGGAGGUGUAUCCAUGUGCAGACAGGGACGGCAACAAAGUGGCAAAAUGUUUCAGGCGCAGGUGCUGCCCGGGUUAUCACUACGUGCUCGGACGCUGCGUGUCUGAAGACAUGGAUGUGUGCGCAGACUCCCCCUGUGAGCAGCAGUGCACCAACAACUUCGGGCGUGUCCUCUGCACCUGUUACCCCGGAUACCAGCUGGACAAGCAGCGCUACCUAGCGGGAAAGAAACCAUACUGCAUCGACCUGAACGAGUGCGAGUUUGAGAACGGCGGCUGCAGCCAGCUGUGCGUCAACACGGAGGGGAGUUACAGGUGUGCGUGUAAGCAGGACUACCGGCUCGCCAACGACAGCAAGACAUGCGUUCAAACAGGUAACGGUAGUUCACCUUUAUCCGCAUGAUAACCUAUAUCCGGC